UUGAAGUAUUAUUGUAUUUAUUUAAAUCUUGAUUAUUUAAAUUGUUCAAUAUCUAAAUUUAACUUUUCGCCUUAACAUAUUUCAUUCACCUUUCAAAAUAACAAACGAGCCACAAAAAGGAUAAUUUUUUUUUAAUUGUUGCGAUUCUAAUCAAAGUAAUCCUUUUUUUUAAUCCGUCAAAAUAUUACUUUUUACAUUUAUUAUUUUUGUAUUAAAAAAAAACUUUGAGUUAAGAAAGACUAGAUAAGGUUCAAAAAUGGAUACUUAUGGAGUAACCAUUUUUGGAGUUACUGAUCCAAUAAAAGAUAUGAUUCGUAAAGAUUAUGUGGAGCCUCAAGUACAAGGAGAUUUGAUUGAAAUGGAAAAACAAGGAAAAUUACGGAAGCCUUUUUAUGAAAUAAUCUCUGAAAUUGAUUGUUAUGUUGGAAAAGUUGACGGUUAUGCUUAUAGAUCGUAUGAUCGUUUGGCAAGAAUGCGAAAAAAGGGUAAUUUUAAACCUGUUGGUCCCUUGGAAAUGUAUAAUUACGCUGGUUGUACUUCUAUGCAACCUGGAUGGUGGACUGGUGAUCCUGCUUUAGAAGGAGAACUUUGGUGGUAUCCACCUUAUAGAUAUGUUAAAAAUGUUUCAGAGCAAACCAAAUUUAUUGAUUUUGCAUUAAGAGUAGACAAAGCCUUCAGACAGUAACCAAACUUUAUUUUUUUUUAUACCAAGAAAAUAACUUUCCAAAUCCUGCGGUUCUCGGAUACUUUCCAGUCAGCAACCAAUUCCAAUACAAUUUUG